UGGGGUUUUUCCUGAUGAUAUAUAUGUGCUCAAAAAAGGUUGGGAAACACUGGUUAGAGGGAAAUAUCCCCUUUCAAAUUACGGAGACCUGUGUGUUGGCAGGCGUUACAAUCAUUUAGUUCUGUUUCACAACUCUCCCCUGGAUACUCAGCACAACUUUGAGUGUCUGUGGCGGUCUGACACAACGGGGCUGGGGAGAUUUGUUAGUAAUUAGCAGCCGACAACAAAGCCUUUUCAUGUUGGAGAUAAAUCGUAACAGAUUGAUUAGCAGGCCUCUCUGUAAUCACACCCAAUAUUUCAGUUGUUUUCCAGACAACAGGAGAGAACCAGGGCGUUUAGGGAGACUGGCCUCCAUCAGCCUUUAUAUUGUAAAGAUACAGUAGUUUCUGAUCACAGCGGCUGCACCCUGGCUCUAAUAUGAGAUAGAAUGUGUGCGUGUUUGUAGUGUUUUUUUCUCACAAUGCUUUGAUGAAAGCAUUAAGAAUAAACAAGAAGUGAGAGUUAUAAAACUGGACACCCAUAUUUUGUAAUAGCAAAAACUUUUUACGCAACACAUUUGUGGUAGUAUAAAAAAGUAGCCAGCGUGGUGUCACAGUUAUUGGUCUCUCAUGUAGAAUGAGAAGUUGGACGGAAAUAUUUGGCUGUUUAACAGGACUUGAUCUCACACCCUACACUGACGGACUGCAGUAAAACCCAGUAGACUCCAGUGAACGCCAGGCUGUAUCCAGCAGCCAUGUCUGUACUUCAGCCACCUCUCACCUGUCGUUUCCCCUCCCAUCUUUCCUCCCUCAUCCUCCUCCUCCUCUCUUUCUCUCUGCUCCUGUCAUGUCCUGGAUCAGUGGAUGCAGGUUCAUCCCAGAAAAACUGUUCAGCUGCUGGAGAUGUCUGCAAAGAAGGAGUGGUACUGCCUGUGUGGAACCCUCAGAACCCAUCUGUGGGUGACAAAGUGGCGCGGGCCAUAGUUUACUUCGUUGCCCUCAUCUACAUGUUCCUGGGCAUGAGCAUUAUCGCGGACCGCUUCAUGUCAUCCAUAGAGGUCAUAACCUCCCAGGAGAAGGAGAUCACCAUAAAGAAGCCCAAUGGUGAAACGACCACAACUACAGUCAGGAUUUGGAAUGAAACUGUUUCUAAUCUCACUCUAAUGGCCUUGGGUUCCAGUGCCCCAGAGAUACUGUUGUCGGUUAUUGAGGUGUGCGGUCAUAACUUUGAGGCGGGGGAUCUUGGUCCCAGCACCAUCGUGGGCAGCGCUGCCUUCAACAUGUUCGUCAUCAUCGCCCUGUGUGUGUACGUGGUCCCUGACGGAGAGACGCGGAAAAUCAAGCACCUGAGGGUGUUCUUUGUCACAGCAGCCUGGAGCAUCUUCGCUUACAUCUGGCUCUACUUAAUCCUGAGUGUCUUCUCGCCUGGAGAAGUGGAGGUCUGGGAGGCAGUCCUGACUUUCCUCUACUUCCCUCUCUGCGUGGUCCAAGCUUGGGUGGCUGACCGCCGCCUUCUCUUUUACAAGUAUGUUCGCAAGCGUUACCGUGCCGACAAGCACCGGGGAAUCAUCAUCGAGACUGAAGGAGGAGCAGAUGGAGGAUUUGGAGGCCUGGAUGGAGCAGGAGGAGCCCUUGGUCCGGGAGGAUUCACCAAGAUGGACAUGCUGGAGCUGGAUGGACAGAUGGCAUUGAACUCUCACAGUGGCAUAGAUGGAGGUUUGAUGGAGGAGGGAGGAGCUAAAGACGAGGAGGACGAAGCGAGGAGGGACAUGGCAAGAACCUUGAAGGAGCUGAAGCAAAGGCACCCGGAUAAAGACAUGGAGCAGCUGAUCGAGAUGGCCAAUUAUCAGGUCCUGAUGCAGCAGCAGAAAAGCAGAGCCUUUUACCGGAUCCAGGCCACCAGGAUGAUGAUCGGAGCGGGUAACAUCCUCAAGAAACACGCUGCCGACCAGGCUCGCAAGGUCGUGAGCAGCCAUGAGACCCACGCCCAGGCGGAUGACCCCCACACCAUCAGAAUAGAGUUCGAUCCCUCACUGUACCAGUGCUUUGAAAACUGUGGCUCCCUGAAAUUGACCGUCACCAGACAUGGAGGAGAUCCUGGAGUUACUGUCAAGGUGGAUUAUCGCACAGAGGACGGCACAGCAAACGCAGGUUCAGAUUAUGAAUUUGCAGAGGGCACAUUGAUGUUUAAGCCUGGAGAGACCCUCAAAGAGAUCACAGUUGGAGUUAUCGAUGAUGACAUCUUUGAGGAAGAUGAGUAUUUCUACGUCCACCUCAGUAACCCCAGGGUGGUCGGCUAUCCCGAGAUUGGAACUGUGCCCAUGGACGCCAGUGCUGCGCCCAAAGCUGUGUUGGGCAGCAACCACACAGCCACGGUGACGAUCUACGAUGACGACCAUGCAGGUAUCUUUACUUUCGAGAGUGCAAGUCAGAGAGUGAGCGAGAGCGUAGGAGUGAUGGAGGUGAAAGUGCUCAGGACGUCAGGAGCCCGAGGCUUGGUAGCCGUCCCCUAUAGAACCCUAGAUGGAACAGCUAGAGGAGGAGAAGACUAUGAGCUGGUGGCCGGUAAACUGGAGUUCCAGAACGACGAGACCAUGAAGAUCAUCGAGGUGAAGAUAAUCGACGAUGAAGAGUAUGAGAAAAAUAAAACCUUCAUCAUUGAGCUGGGGGAUCCAAUUCUGCUGGAAAUCGGGCAGAAGCACGGAGACUCCAAUGAAAACAAGCCUGCAGUGGGAGCUGAGGAGGAGGAGGUGGCGAAGAUGGGCUGUCCUAGUCUGGGAGAACACACCCAAGUGGAAGUGGUCAUAGAAGAGUCCUACGAGUUCAAGAGAGCAGUAAAUACACUUUUAAAGCGGGCUGAAAAGAGCACUGUAGAUAAGCUGAUCAAGAAGACAAACCUGGCCCUGGUGGUGGGAAGCAGCAGCUGGAGAGAACAGUUUGUCAAUGCCGUGACCGUCAGUGCAGGAGACGACGACGAGGAGGAGAGCGGCGAGGAGCGGCUGCCAUCUUGCUUCGACUAUAUCAUGCAUUUCCUCACUGUCUUCUGGAAGGUUCUGUUCGCCUUCGUCCCACCCACGGAGUACUGGAAUGGUUGGGCCUGCUUCAUCGUCUCAAUAUCUCUCAUUGGCGUCCUGACUGCACUGACCGGUGAUCUGGCCUCACACUUCGGCUGCACCGUAGGCCUGAAGGACUCAGUGACAGCUGUGGUGUUUGUGGCGUUAGGAACAUCAGUGCCAGAUACUUUUGCCAGCAAGGUUGCUGCAAUCCAGGAUCAGUAUGCUGAUGCUUCCAUCGGUAACGUGACUGGCUCGAACGCCGUCAACGUUUUCCUGGGUAUCGGAGUGGCGUGGACCAUCGCAGCCGUCGCCUGGCGCACCAAGGGCAAACCCUUCCUGGUGGACCCUGGAAACCUGGCCUUCUCUGUCACCCUCUUCACCAUCCUGGCCUUGGUUUCUGUCGCCACGCUGCUGUACCGACGGCGGCCAAAUGUAGCCGGCGGCGAGUUAGGGGGGCCACGGACUACCAAAAUGUUGACAUCACUGAUGUUCUUCUCUCUGUGGUUGGUUUACAUCCUGCUGGCUUCACUGGAGGCCUACUGUCAUAUACCUCUGUUUUAAAUGGAGGAAGAAGAGAGAGAAGAGACAGGGACCCACUGCCAACACAGAGAGAAAGGGGGAGAGAGGUAGAGGAGGGCAGGGACAGGAUUCCAAACACUGACACAAAGGAGACGCCUCAACUUCAAAUUUACUGUUUACAGCCCCCAAACUUCAGAUUAUUAUACAAAAUCACCAGAUUUUGUCUCUUCUAGACAGGAAAAAAUCAAAUCUUUAUAGUGAUGAAAAAAAAACAUCAGAACAUAUCAGUUUCUUAAAUUUAAAAUGGUCUAAUUACUGGCAGAAAUGUGCAGGUAUUGAAGACCAAUCAGUAGGACAAUAACAAACUGACAUGUUACCAAGAGCAGCAGCUGAGAAGGAAAUAGAGAUAAGAAGCUGGAGGACACAAAACUAAAGGGAAAAUAAAUCUCAAGAUUAACGGACAGAUGAUUUCAACAAAGAACAGAUGGAUCAGAUGAUCUAACAUUUCCUCUUGGAUCGCCCUCUCGUUACUGUAACAUCUCCUGAUGAGAAGACUGGAUUCCUUCAACCUUAACCAGUCCUAUUUGUUACAGUACAGUAAUAAUCUUAACCCAGCUCUCUGGACUGUGUACACACACAUACACAUACGGAGAGUCCAGAGGAACAAUUCAGAAAUAUAUUGGUGCGGUGAAAACUGAAUUCUUCCCUCCAAGGCCACCUCGUUUUGAAAAACACUGUGCUAAAAAUCUUUUUACCCCAGAAAAGACACACUUAUACUACACACAAAUAUACUAAACCCACUUCUCCUUUGUGAAAUUUUGUCUGAUACCUGUGAAAAGCCGAAGUCACCAAACACCUUGGUUUUUUUAUGUUUUUUUUUUUUUUUUUUCUUGAACCAAACCCAAGUUUCUCUCUUCGGUGAACCUAGAUUAUUUUAUUCUGAAGUUUCUAUUGAUGUCAUGUGACAUGUUAGUGUUGUUACUGUGCAAUUUGUACAAAAGAGAAGACAUAUUAAUAUAGUGUGACGCGUGAAAAAUGAAGAAAUCAGUGGCAAGAUGUUUUGGACGGGAUGAGAAGCUGAGAACCAGAUGUUGGUUGAACAUCUGGAUGAAGUGAAAAGUCAUUGUUUACACACUCAAAAUCAGUGACAUGGACCAGACCGGAGGAUCUCACUGGCUGUGACCAAGGUGUUGCCAUUGACAGUGUUGACAAAUCAAGCUACGACCAUAACCGGUGUUUCUUACUCUAUAUUUCAAUGUAAAAAAAAAAACUUUUGAAGAUGUAUGUGCGUGGAAAUCACGUCAUAUUUUAUUUAUGUUAAGUGCUUAUCUUUGUAUGGAAAACCUUGGAGGAUGUGGAAAAAAGAUCUGCACGGCAUUCACUGAAAGACGGUGCAUGGAGCCAUUCUGAUGGAAAUCCAGAUGAGAAUUGCAAACAUGAUGACUCGCAGACUAAAAAUAGAGGAUAUGAUGCUGUGAGGUAACCGUUUGGCAGCUCUGAAAGUAUUACGACUGCUAGGCAGCAGUUUUUACAAUGGUACAAAAUGAAGGAAACGGACUCUGUAAUCCAAAGAAGACCUUCUCCAUAGAUCAGAGUACACAGUCAGCCUGCACCUGGGGACACAUGAGCUUUUAUUCUUCCCCCGUGUGGACCAUGUUGGUUUAGGUUUGACCUGGCAGUGUUGCAUUAACCCCACUUUUUAGCCUUUCCUUGUCCUAAUAAGUGGUGUCCUACUUAGAGUGAAUAGGUCCCUCAAACUGCCAUCUGUACUGUAACGCAAAAAUGUGUUGACACAACAGCUGGAAACGCUUGACCCCAUGUGUUUUCUACAAAGAAGAGCAGUGGUAUUUAUAAUUAGUAAUGAUUUAUUGAUUAGAGCAUGGUGAAGAAAGAAAGGAUGUGGAAAAUCAGUGAAAUCUCUAUUGUAAUGACAUCAUAUGACAUCAAAGGUUUGGUCACUGUGUCUGAGAAGGGGACAGGAUGCUUGUGUUACAUGUUUGUGUGUGUGUGUGUUCUCCUGGUGUAGACUGCAGCUACAAAGGUUCAGCAUGUCUUGUUGUACUCACUAUUCCUUAAUGGCAGUUUGCUGCAGUCAACAGAUCAUUCCUACAGCUGGAGGGUGACUAAGAUAGAAAUGUAAAACACAGUCCACAGAUUGAUUGGAAAGGCUUUAUAUCAUGUGGAAUCACAAGUUAAGAAGUUUCACCCUUAAUCCAAGACGUAUGAGUUGUGGAUAAGGCAGGAUUUGAACCUUUGUGAACUUUGGUCAAUAUAAUGAUGCCUAUGACUCAUAACCACUGGGAUGUCACUCAGAGCUUUAGAGCAGCUGCAUGGCCAUGGAGUCCCUACUGUACAGCGACGUUCACCUUGAUUAAGACAUGACCCAAGGACUUACCAGAACAACUCAACACUCACAGUCUGACUCAGAGCCAAGAUGAAGUAUAAGUUAGUCAUACAAGAAUGUACAGCAACUAGUACUGUGACCCUUAAGGUUGAAUGAAUUUGCCUUUUUGUUUUACAAACCAUUUACAAAAAGAUGAAUUGAAAUGAUAAUAUCACUUUACCUGCCCCACAACCUGACACGUUACAAAUGCUCAAAUUACCCGCUGCUUUCAGUUCGGACCAAGUUGCAUCUUUACAGAAGCAGCUCAGGCGUAAACAGGCUGAACAGAGCCCGGCUUAGAGCUUGUGCAAAUAUGAGUAGAGUAGGUAUUUGGAGAGUGGGGUCAGUGAUCUGUGAGGGUGAAACGGUCUGUGUGAAUCAGUCACCUUGGUCAAGGAUACAUCAGCAUAAUAUUUACAUACACAAAUGUGACCAGGAUUUUUAAAGUCAUGAUGCCAAGCCCUCAGGUGCCCUCAGUGUCACUUCAUCGUAUUUGUGUAGUGUUGUCAGGUGGGGACAAAUCCACCUGACAAAUUUCCCCCGAAACAGUUGACUUUUCAUGACAAAAAUGUAGAAUGCCUUGAUGCAAAGUCCAACUUCAGACCAACUAGUGAGUCCCGAAUCACUUUGUACCAAUCCAUAUCAUCCACCCUAGGACUGUGGUGCAGUCAGGAGAGCCAACAACAUCUGACGGCUUUAUUGCACUGAUGUGUUCCAAAUCUAAUGCCUCUGUUCAAAAAUAUGUCGCGGCUAAAAGGUCCUGAAAACAGCAUUAAGGACUAAGGACCAAGUCAGUAAUUAUGACUGUUGUAGUCAGAGAUCAUAGCAGGGUUUCAGUCCUAUUCACAAGUGUGGUGUUGGUCAGAUGAAGUCACAGGAAGGUUCUAAAUAAUAAAGGUAGGAUUUUAGAGCAGGAUAAAUCUGGAGUACAGCUGAUGUGCGUGCGUGUGUAUGUGUAAAAAACGCAACCAUAUUUUUAGUCUCAUGCCUGUUGCUAAGUGACCAUCUUUCAGCGAGCUGUUGUCUGCUUGAUUGUUGCUGGUGUGUGUGAGUGUAUGGGUCUGUGUGUGCCCUAAUGUUUCUCCAUUAUUUUAACCAACAUGGCUUCACAGUUUCCACUUCUUCUUUUCUGACGUUUUCAGAAUACGUUUUCCUUUUUAAGCAUGUCAUUUUUGCCUUCCCCUGUUGCGCAUGCUUGUCCUUUCUGUGUGUGUGUGUGUGUGUGUGUGAAUGUGUGAAUGCAUGCUGUUCUCUAUACUUAUGGGACUAACUACAGUACGUCUCUGCCUCAGUCACAUUCCAUGACAUGGUCAAGUGCCAAAAUGUCUAGAAAUCAAAUUCCUUUACGUUGUGUGUGUGAAACUCAGCAGGAUUAUAUUAUGUCUACAGUACAUAUAAUUGAUCUGACUGUUAAUUUAGACUAAGGGUAGAUAUUGACAGUGUUUACCAGUGUGCUUGUGUACACAUAAAUAUAUUGUGUAUUCCACUACAUUACCGCCACUCAUUUAAACUCAUAAACAAAGAGCAAAAGACAAUAGAAGAGCUGAAUUGGACAUGUACCUUGGCUCUGAACCAGGUAAACCUGUGUGGGCCACAUGUUAUUGCUUGAUGCUCAAGUAUAUGGAGCCCACAUUAACUCCAGUUCUAGUUCUACUUUUGCAUCAAUUUGAUAUUCACGUGCGGCCCACACACAAGUGCUGUUUCUGCGUCUCCAUGUGGAUGGGUUGACCACAUUUGGUUCCACAAUUUUCAUUCAAACACAACUUAUUUUAAUAAUUUAAUGACAAAUUGUUUUGCAAUGAUCAUUUAGUAUAACCGCUCAUUACCCACGAAUAUACUCAGUCCAUAUGUUCAUCAGAAGCUGAUGUGAGUACGUCAAACCACAUUUCCAUUUUUUUCUUUUACUUGUCAUGUUUUCAUUCCCCCCUUUUUUCACUAAUGAAGAACCGUUUUAUCAAAAACUCCUGUCGAAAUUGUCCAUAUUCAGUGAUAAUUCAGUGUUUGCAAUAUGCUGCUUUACCCCUAGAUGCCACUAAAAUUUACACACUGUUCCUCCAUUCCAUACAUAUACGUUUGUCUUUUUAUUUAAAUAUUGUAGCAUACUUUUUUAAAAUAUCGAUGUGAUUAUUUAUUUGGUAAUAUUAUAUGAUAUUUGUAUUUAACUUUAGGAUUUGUUUGAGCCAUUGAGUAGAACAAGAACACAUGAGGCAAAAAUGGAAAGAAUGCAAACUUUUGCCACAAAGUUUGUUUUAAAUACAAUCUUGGUUCCCUCUCUAUUAUAUUUAUCUUUUUUUUUCCUUGGGGUACUUUUUUGAUGUUAACCUAUUUUUGUUCAUCAUUUUGGAUUCACAAGAUCACAAAGUGCUUUUGGUAUGGUCAUUUUCCCAUUUAUUGUGAUAUUGGAAUAUCAUAUUUAAUCCAUUGUUUUGUGUUUUUCCUAUAUUUUAAUCUACCUACAAAAGCAUUAAGAAAGAUGAACAGUAAUGUAGUUGUAAAGCUACGAGCUCCUUUCUCCUGACUGUGUGUGUGAUUGAAUGUGAAUGUGUUUGAAAAUGCGCUUCUGUUCAUAUCACUCCAUCCAGAAGGUUGUCAGUGCAUGACUUUAACUCAUUCUAAAAACAUGUUGAUAAUGGAAAUGUUGUAGUAAAGAGUAAAAUUAUUUCUAAAUGCUGAAAAAUAAAGAAAAAAAUAUAUGUAAAUGAUAACAAAGACCAAUUUUCUUUUCUUUUUUUCUCAUGGUAACUGAUUAAAACAAUCCUUACUGGUAAAUGCUCAGCAGUGAAUGUGUCCUUUUCUUGACUUUACUUAAUUUAAAAUCUAAAAGUCUAUGGGCACUACUAUCCAACGAUAGGCCACUUCCUGGAUCAGGCGGAAGUUGACAGCCUGGGUGGUGUGUCAAUCAAACUGCUGACUAGCAAUAGCACACACACACUUUAGCAUCUGGAAUCGUGGAGCACGCAGUUGUUUUGAUACUUUCGGCUGAGACAAGUGGAUGGAGAUUCUGAAGGGGAAACGACACGAUAUACUCCUGAACUACAAAGUGGCAGCUGUUUUUCCGUGGGCAAGCCCUCAGUACGCACAUCGGCAAGAGCUGGCCCUGUCCCCCACUGGAGAAGAACAGGCAAAAAGACGAGUAAACACAAAUGUACUGAGGGAGAUGGAGAAACAGAGGGGGAUGACAAGUGAGGAAGAGGAGGAGGAAGCAGACAGAAGAAGAUAAUGAGACAAAUAUGAUGGGGACAGCCGACAGUGUGACAGAGGGUCAAGCUAGGUGACAGGUGUUGCACCAGAUGCCCUUUAUCUUGGUUAUUCAGGACCAAUUACAUGUGACGUUGAGGCUGGAGCUGUGGCUUUAUUCCAAAGGGGAGACAAUCAGACAGACAGGCAGCCAGUGCACAUCCAAGGAGGGAAGAGACAGAGAGUGAAGACUGGACAGGACCCUCCUGGACAUCCGUCUCUCCCCAGCACUCAUAAGCGCCCGAUUUGGCGUCGAAGGGUAGGAGGGCGUGGAGCAGUUGGAGGGCGGGCCUGAACCCGAACUGGGGCUGGAGCUGCUGUGGUUGGAAAAGGGUGAGAAGAGGGCGUCCUUCUGCAGACCCUUGUUCUGGAGCUCCAGCUGCAGGUGCUGACAGAUCUCUUCCGGCAGAUGCUGGUACUCCUCCUCCAGUUCCUUCUGCAACUGGGCCUUCAUCUGAAGAGGGAGAGAGGAUCAUCAUGAGUUCACUGGCAGAAGAGAACCACAAGGGGGCAUCUCCAUGGGGCCCAAUAAGGAGUACACUGGUACGUGAUGCUCACCUGUGGUAGAUCUUCAUCUAUGUGCUGCAGCACGUCCCGCUGCCUCAGCAUCAGUUUCUCCUGUCUCCUCUUCUGGGCCUCCUCCAGCUGCAGUGUGAGAACGAAGAAGAACAAAAUCAGACAAGAGAUAAAGAGAGUACAGUAGGAGGAGGAGGAGCCUUACCAUGUCUCAGCCUUCUCCUUGUCACGACUCUUGGCUUCGAUAAUGCUGUUCUGACGCUUCCUGUCCAUGAUCUUCUGGAGCUCCUUCUUCUCCCUGCAAACACAGCUCUUUGAGUUUCUUCAGCUGAGCUGCCUGGCAUUCGUUUGCCGUCUCCUUCAACUUUUGGACCGCCUUAAGAAGAAGAAA